AUGGUUAAUUAAAAGCAUUCGGGGAUUGAGACAAGGGGAUCUCUUAUAUCUACAAUAAGGACAAAAUCCUAGUGCAAUGAAGAAAAAAGUUGCAACAGGAGAAAAAAUUAAAGAAAUUGAAGUAGAUCAAAGUCAAAGAUUUCUCGCUCAUUUUCAAUUUGUCAAAUGUAUUAUUGUCUUUGAAAAAGAGACUGCAGCUAAUUUAGGCAUCAUUAUUUUCUAUGUCAUUUGGCUAGUUAAAAUGGACGUUUUCAAUGGAUCAGCUCUUUUAAAUGUUAAUUGAGAGCGAGAAAGAGAGUAGAGAAGUACAGCAGAAAUAAGAAUGAAUGGAGGUUUAUUGCAAUUAAUAGGACUAGAUUGUCUGAAAUUCGGGAACAGAAAUCCAUCUAA